CCUUGUAUUUCCUCCUAUGAGCAUGUUGCCUCGCAGCGCGGAAUGAGCCAACCUAACAGAUGUUGUUGGUAUGUUAGACUGCGCGAGUCACUCCGCACGGAGGGGAGGACGGAUGUACGUCUCAUAUGGGAAAGAGGAAAGAGUGUAAGCUAUGAGUCCAGGCGCAUAUAAGGUGUUCUUAUAGGGUUCGUCUGUUUCUUUUCUGUGGCUUUCUUGGUCAUCGUGACUUGAAAGCAGUCUUGGGCACGAUGGGUCGUUUUGGGUUCAUCACGACGCUGCUUUUGACAGCAAGCUUGAAUACCCAACUAUGUUUUGGACAAUCGAGUACUCCAACUGUAUACAGAGAUAGCGAGACGGGCAUCAUAUUCGAUACAUGGAUUGUGCCUGACAAGACUUCAGGGGCCACUGGCACCGGUACUUGGGGUGGCAUGACUAUUGGAGUUGCACUUCCUGAAGAUGGCUUGACAACUGAUGCGGACGAGUUUAUUGGAUACUUGCAAUGUCCUUCCAACAGUACGACAUUGACGGGAUGGUGUGGUAUCUCACUUGCUGGACCUAUGACAAACAGCCUGCUCAUCAUGGCCUAUCCAUACAAGGACGAGGUUUUGACUUCUUUCCGGUAUGCUACUGGCUACGACAAUCCUGAGGUAUACACAGGAGAUGCUCAAUUGACCCAAAUUUCCUCCACGAUAAAUGAGGCACAUUACUCUGUUAUAUUCCGCUGCCAAAACUGUCUUUCGUGGGAUCACGAUGGCGCAACAGGGUCUGUGUCGACUAGUGGCGCAUUUCUAGUAUUAGGCUGGUGCAAUGCUUUUGCAACCCCAGGCAACCCGGAGUGCCCCAACGAUGUCAGCAUCAUCCAACAUGAUAAUGGUCAGAGUAUUUUCGGGGCGGCUUUAGACAGCAACGCCGCAAACCCAUCAUACACGGAGUGGGCGGCCAAGGCUACGAAUACGGUGACAGGAAGCUGUGGAGGAUCGACUACCUCGCCAACGGCGACUCCUACCACUUCUCCCACUGGUAUCCCUGUUCCAACUGGCACAUACGACUACAUCGUCGUGGGUGCAGGAGCAGGUGGCAUACCGAUCGCAGAUGCACUAAGUGAAGCUGGCAACAAAGUCUUGCUCAUCGAGAAAGGCCCAGUCAGCUCAGGACGAUGGGGUGGCACUAUUGGCCCAGACUGGACUGAAGGCACAAACCUUACCCGGUUUGAUGUGCCUGGUUUAUGCAACGAGAUUUGGGAGGAUUCAGCAGGUAUUUCUUGCACUGAUACUGAUCAGAUGGCGGGUUGUAUACUCGGUGGUGGUACCGCCAUCAAUGCUGGGUUGUGGUGGAAGCCCUAUGACCUAGAUUGGGACUACAACUUCCCCGAUGGUUGGAAGUCAACAGAUAUGGCCGGCGCAACAUCGAGGGUCUUCUCCCGUAUUCCCGGUACUGACACGCCGUCCAAGGAUGGCAAACGUUAUCUCCAGCAAGGUUUUGAUGUGCUCUCUGGGGGGUUGGCUUCGUCAGGCUGGACAAGUGUUACCGCCAAUAAUGUCCCAAAUCAGAAGAACCACACCUAUACACAUACGCCUUACAUGUUUUCAAAUGGAGAGCGAGGUGGACCUAUGGCCACAUACCUUGUGACUGCCAACGCGCGUUCAAAUUUCAAGUUAUGGACGGGCACCGCAGUCAAGCGUGUUAUACGAACUGGUGGGCAUGUCACUGGUGUUGAGGUUGAAGCAUUCAGAGAGGGGGGUUAUGUCGGCGUGGUCAACGUCACAUCCGUCACUGGCCGCGUAGUUUUAUCAGCAGGUACCUUUGGCUCAGCAAAGAUCUUAAUGCGAAGUGGAAUAGGCCCUGAGGAUCAGUUGGAUGUGGUAAAGACGUCAACUGAUGGGCCUACUAUGAUCGGAAACAGCUCCUGGAUUAAACUGCCAGUUGGACACAGCUUGAACGACCACGUCAAUACCGAUACUGUUAUUUCGCAUCCAAGUGUUGUCUUCUACGACUUCUACAAAGCCUAUGAUGAUCCUGAUACUACUGAUGUUAACUUAUAUCUAAACUCCAGAUCUGGUAUACUCGCUCAAGCUGCACCAAACAUCGGUCCAAUUUUCUUCGACGAAAUCAAGGGUGCCGAUGGCAUCGUCCGACAACUUGAGUGGACAGCAAGAGUGGAGGGUAGCGGUGGUACAGAAGACACACAUGCCAUGACCAUGAGCCAGUAUCUCGGCCGUGGCGCUGUGUCGAGAGGCCGGAUGACAAUCACGAAGGCUCUCACCACGGUUGUGUCUACUGUGCCUUACCUAAGGGAUGAUAAUGAUGUACAAGCUGUUAUCCAAGGUAUCAAGAACCUUCAAAGCGCCUUGAAGAACGUGGCGAACCUCACAUGGCUACUACCUGACCCUAACACGACUGUGGAGGAUUAUGUCAACAAUAUGUUGGUCUCCUACUCUAACAGACGAGCCAAUCACUGGAUCGGAACCGCCAAGCUCGGGACCGACGACGGCCGCACGGGCGGCACUUCCGUUGUAGACGUGAACACCCAAGUCUACGGCACGGAUAACCUCUUCGUCGUCGACGCCAGCAUCUUCCCGGGCCACGUGACGGCCAAUCCCUCCGCCUAUAUCGUGAUCGCCUCGGAGCACGCGGCAGAGCGUAUUCUCGCCUUGGCGACGCCCAAGGUCGUCGCACGGUACCAGCAGUGCGGUGGGCUGGAAUACAAGGGGAGCUUCCAGUGCGCGUCGCCUUACAAGUGCACAUCGUUGAACGAUUAUUACUGGCAGUGCUUGUAAAAGCGCGAGAGAAAGGGGAAAAGGGACAAAAAGUCACGCUGUAUAUAUGUGUGUCCUGUAUAUAGACAUGAGAUGGUAUAGGGUAGAGGAACUCUCAUUCUAGUGUAUCUUUUUUUUUUUUUUGAUGAAUUACUCCAAGUCAUCGCAUGGGGAAAGCAUACUGGUAUCUACAUCUUCACUCUGUGAGAGUGGUCCGUUUUCUCCAUAUUUCUUCAUGAUUAGGGGUUUUCUUGAUCGAGACAUUGUUGGUAGUUUUCAUGUCCAUUUUAAAAUCAAACCUGGUUCAUAUUCUAUAUUGGUAUGAGUAUAUACUUCAUGAAAUUUGCUAAAAAUAGACUCGACGAGAAGAGGCACGCAGCGUUUAAGGCACCACAUUA